AGUCAACACUGCUGGUCUGUCUUGUACCUUUUUGUUCCCUCCGUGUUAUUUUUUACAGGUCUAUCCAGCUGGGCUGGCCUGAUCUUCAGUAUGGCGCAAAAUAAUCCCUCGGUCACCCCCCAGACCAAUCCUCGCGGUAUCCCCGCCGCCCCGUUCGUCGACAACGUAUCCGACUAUGUCUCCAGCCGCGCCGACGUCGAGUCCACCCUCCGCUCCUUCCAGGAGAUGAUCUCCAAGUACCAAUUCAUGGAAGUCAAUGCCUCGCGCCGUGGGGCAGGACUGCGCGACAAGAUUCCCGAUAUCAAAAAGACCCUCGACACCGUGCGGUUCCUACAGCUACAGAAAGCCAACUCCGGGAACCCGAUGGACGCCAGUUUCGAGCUGAACGACACGCUGUAUGCGCGCGCGACGGUCACUCCCGCUGAACUGGAGGAGGUCUAUCUGUGGUUGGGGGCAAACGUCAUGCUGGCGUAUCCGUUGGCCGAGGCGGAGACCAUGCUGAGCGAGAAGCUGGCGGCUGCGGAGCUCAGCUUGAAGAACUGCGAGGAGGAUUUGGAGUUUUUGCGAGAGCAGAUUACGACAAUGGAGGUCGCUACUGCGCGUGUCUACAACUGGGACGUGGUCCAGAGACGGAAAGACAAGGCUGAAGGGAAAGGCGGCGACGACGAAGAUGAGAGUGCCGGUAAAGGGAGACCAGGUGGUUAAACUUGCUCCCAGUCUAACAAAUAUAUUCCCAUUGCUAUGGCCUUGUACGUUCCACAAACUUGGAAACAAAAUUGACAUAAGCCCGCUAGAUUAAUAUAUUAAGGGUGACGACCAGCUGCUGCGC